AUGACCACCGGCUCGACAGUCGUCGUCGUCAAGGGCCUCGUGGGCUCGGAACCCGAUACAACCGCGAGCCGGAAGGACGCGACGCGAGCGCUGAAAGACGAGCCGGACGAGAUGAAACCUGACGCGCUCGUCGUGUCGAACGAUCUCGCGGCGUCGGUGCUAACCGCGUGUUUCCCCACUGCAACGUUCACGGACGUGGUGGGCGACUACCACGACCGACUGUGCAAACGUGACGAGCACGGACCCGUGACGAGCAACGAGGUCGUGCCCGUGCCUAAAAGUCGGCGAGAGCGAGAGGCGAUUCGCAAGCGAGUGUACCAUCAGAAAGUCAAGGACGAGCGCAAUCGAUUGCGGCAGACGGUCGACGACUUGGCCCGGCAGCUGAGCGACCUGCAAGCUGGUAAACAAGCACGAGCAGCAGCGGCGACGGACUCGUUGAGUCACUUGCAGCGGCGGUUGGCUCACGACGAACGGGAGAAAUUGUGGCGAGCAGAAGAGCAGCAGAAGCGACUGCUGGCAGAAGCCGAGACGAAAGCAAAUUGCAUUGAAGCGCUGUGUAGACAGCUGACGUUGGAGCUGCCAAAGGGCAGUAGAACUGCUCUUACGACAACUGCACGAUCUCGUUCGCGGGCAUUGUCGUCUCGAGUGAGUCCUGAAUUCGACUACACGAUGUUUCGAGGUCAUUUGAGGCGCGUGCACGAGAGCUACGCGAUCGUUGAUGAGAUUUUUGACCGGGAAAAGUCCAUGACGGAAGGAAUUGUGAGUUCCGUCAAGCGGCGCGAGACGGAUGGCGAGGUUGAGUACUUUGAGCACCGCAGCAACUAUACGCAGCCGUUUUGUUACCCUCGCACGGAGCAGAUUAUGUGGAAACUUGCAAAGCUACUUCAUCGACAGGACGACAGAGAGGAAUUUGGAGAAGUCGCAGAGUCAGAUGACACACUUGUCGUGAGGUUUCGUCUGCUGCAUACGCUCACGUGUGGGUCGACAGUGUCUGUUUUACAGCGACAGGUCGGACGUCGGUUUGUCGAGAAGAACCGUACAAUUAUUGUCUGGAAAUCGCACACGGAAGGAGAAGAGAUUUUUCGAGGCAUGCACGCGGAUGAGACAGGGUGGGUGAGUCUUACGCCAGGCGCUGACGAAGGUACCACCGAUGUAAAGAUGUGUGUUCGUCAAGUCCCGAUGAAGCUUAUUCUGUCAAGCUCAGGAGGUGAUGCACGAGUUGAGGAGUUCCAUGAUCUUCUCCAGAGCUCCGUGAGCGAAGAUAUAUCGGAAGUAACUAGUGACCUAGAUAAAUUGUUGCUUGAAGAUACGCUGGCAGGUAUUGAUAUUUAG